CCCUCUAAAUUUCUCAGUGUCACAAGUGCCCAACAUGCCCAGCUGCCCCCAGGCCUAUUUGGAACUACAGGCACUGUCUCUGAGUGAGCGUCAAUGUGUGGAGACAGUAGUCAACAUGGGCUACUCAUAUGAUUGUGUCCUGAGAGCCAUGAAGAAAGGAGAGGAUAUUGAGCAGAUUCUCAACUAUCUCUUUGCACACGGACAGCUUUGUGAGAAGAGCUUUGAUCCUCUUUUAGUGGAAGAGGCUCUGGAAAUGCACCAGUGUUCAGAAGAAAAGAUGAUGGAGUUUCUUCAGUUGAUGAGCAAAUUUAAGGAAAUGGGCUUUGAACUGAAAGACAUUAAGGAAGUUUUGCUAUUACACAACAAUGACCAGGACAAUGCUUUGGAAGACCUCAUGGCCAGGGCUGGAGCCAGCUGAGACUAUGCCCUGUCAUGGCCCUGCCACACAACACCAUCCCCCAGGAGGUCCUGCACAGCUCACUUGUGGGGAAGAAGGGACAUGCUUCCAGAUUCUCUUUGGGGGUUAGAAGGUCAGGCAUGGAGAUGACAUUUGCUAGUCUCUGUGAGCCUCGGCCCAAGCUGGGGGGAAGGUAGGAAGAGUUGAACAUACAAACACCAUACUGGCUCCUUCAAUAUUAAAACAUAGCUGUAUUUUGAGAAGUGUCCUUCCCACAUUGUCCUUUCAGAAAGAUUUACUUGGAUCAUUCUGGGGUCUCUUACUUCCUCAGCCAAAUCCUGACCUGGCUCCCAAGAGGAUUGGGAAGAGGAGGAGGGGCAGACUGCUGCUGUUUGGAGGCUAGAUGCUUUUCUCUUUGCUAUACCACAGGCAGACUGAACUCUAACCCCAGUUGAAUACAAGUGAGAGGUUCCUCCAGGCCCACCUUCCCCCAGCAGUCUUUAGUGUUACACUGGUUCUGGAUGUCUCUGUGGUACAAAAGAUGCACUUUUCCUAAUGGGGCAGUUCCCAUGUGUCCCUGUCCAGACUGUUUCUUUUGGCUUAGACCAUAAUCCUCUACUGUUCAGGGCAUUGGAGUCCCUGCACUGAGGCUGUUGUCAAUUUGAGUAAUCAUUGGCUCCUUCUCAGUACACUGAAUCAGUGAGAAAACAGGCCAGGACUAGUCACUCAGCACUAAACCCCCAGUUCUUAAGCAGCCUCUGCCAGCCCUGCUUUAGGAUGACACAAUGAGUAACACCUAGGCAUAGAAACCACUCUUUGGUUUGUUUGUAUUAUGUUCUACACCGUUAAAGCUCUAAAGACAAAGGAUAUAAUACAGUCUUGAAUCUAAAAUAAUUUGCUAACUAUUUUGAUUCUUGAGAGAACUACUAAUAAAAACUUAAAAGGUUAAAAAAA